GGCAGCCCCCAGCUCUGAGGCGACCUCCCGCGGAGAAUGGGUUUCAGGAAGGCGCCAGGGUGGGCACUUUGUGUAGGCUGGUGCGGGUUUUGAACUCCUGGGCGCUGUUUGUUUCCUAGACAGCUCUGCAGACAUGAAUGUGUUCCAGAAGGUAGAGAAGAUUGGAGAAGGCACCUAUGGGGUGGUAUAUAAGGCCAAGAACAAGGAGACUGGGCAGUUUGUGGCCCUCAAGAAGAUCAGGCUAGAUUUGGAUAAUGAGGGGGUCCCUAGCACUGCCAUCAGGGAGAUAUCCUUGCUCAAAGAACUAGAGCACCCCAACAUUGUCAGGCUGCUGGACGUGGUGCAUAGAGAGAAGACGCUGUACCUGGUGUUUGAGUUCCUCAGCCAGGACCUGAAGAAGUACAUGGAGUCCACGCCAGACUCGGCGCUCCCUCUGCACUUAGUCAAGAGCUACCUCUUCCAGCUGCUGCAGGGGGUGAAUUUCUGCCACAUUCAUCGGGUCAUCCACCGAGACCUAAAACCUCAGAAUCUGCUCAUCAAUGAGUUUGGAGCCAUCAAGCUGGCUGACUUUGGACUGGCUCGUGCUUUCGGGGUGCCCCUGCGCACCUACACCCAUGAGGUGGUGACAUUGUGGUACCGUGCCCCAGAGAUCCUCCUGGGAAGCAAGUUGUACUCGACAGCCGUGGACGUCUGGAGCAUUGGUUGCAUCUUUGCAGAGAUGGUGACUGGCAAAGCCCUGUUUCCUGGUGACUCAGAAAUUGACCAGCUCUUUCAGAUCUUUCGCAUCCUGGGGACUCCCAGUGAGGCCACAUGGCCAGGAGUCACCCAGCUGCCUGACUAUAAGAGCAGCUUCCCCAAGUGGACCAGGAGGGACCUGGAGGAAACUAUACCCAAUCUGGAGCCAGAGGGCAAGGACCUGCUCAUGGUAUGUGCAGAAACUCCUGCAGUACGACCCAAACCAGCGGAUCUCAGCCAAGACCGCCCUGGCCCAUCCCUACUUCACUGAGCUCUCCCCAGGCCCCAACCAUUGUGUGCUGGGCCGUCUCUGGCACUGAGAAAAAGCUGUGUGAGAGGCCCCCCACCAAUGCCUCCCCACCCACUUCCUGAGAGAGUGGCUCAGAAGUUUUGCAUCAGCCAUCAGAGAAGGCUGUUUGGGUUACUCCUAGCAAGUUCCUGUGUUGUUUGUUGGGUUUAAUGGUACAGUUGCUUCAUGUGUGGGAGUUGGGAGUCCCUUAGUCCCCCAACACUAGAAUGACAGGUGACAAGUUAAUUGAGAGAAGGAAGGCUGCUCCUGCUGCUGGUGAGGUUCUCAGGAGCCCUUGUCUGUACUGCUGUAGCUACAGACCCAGGCUCCAUGGAGAGGGUGCCCCCUGCUGGCCUUUUAUUUUUGUUUUUUCAAGGUAGUCUGCCCUAGCCCAGGCUAAUCUGGAAUUUGUAGAACUCACAGAG